GAGAGAAGGAACAGAGCCCCAGGAUGCUCCCCUUCGCCUCCUGCCUCCCCGGCUCCCUGCUGCUCUGGGCGCUGCUGCUGUUGCUUUUGGGGGCAGCAUCUCCCCAGGAUUCGGAGGAGCCCGACAGCUACACGGAAUGCACAGAUGGCUAUGAGUGGGACCCCGACAGCCAGCACUGCCGGGAUGUCAACGAGUGCCUGACCAUCCCUGAGGCCUGCAAGGGGGAGAUGAAAUGCAUCAACCACUACGGGGGCUACCUGUGCCUGCCCCGCUCAGCUGCUGUCAUCAAUGACCUGCACGGCGAGGGCCCACCACCACCGGUGCCUGCUGCCGAGCACCCCAACCCCUGCCUCCCAGGCUAUGAGCCCGACGAGCAAGAACGCUGUGUGGACGUGGACGAGUGUGCCCAGGCCCUGCAUGACUGCCGCCCCAGCCAGGAGUGCCAUAACCUACCUGGCUCCUACCAGUGCACCUGCCCCGACGGCUACCGAAAGAUCGGACCUGAAUGUGUGGACAUAGAUGAGUGCCGUUACCGCUACUGCCAGCACCGCUGUGUCAACCUGCCCGGCUCCUUCCGCUGCCAGUGCGAGCCGGGCUUCCAGCUGGGGCCCAACAACCGCUCCUGUGUGGAUGUGAACGAAUGUGACAUGGGGGCUCCGUGUGAGCAGCGCUGCUUUAAUUCCUAUGGGACCUUCUUGUGUCGCUGCCACCAGGGCUACGAGCUGCAUCGGGAUGGCUUUUCCUGCAACGAUAUCGAUGAAUGCAGCUACUCCAGUUACCUCUGCCAGUACCGCUGUGUCAACGAACCUGGCCGCUUCUCCUGCCAUUGCCCGCAGGGCUACCAGCUUCUGGCCACGCGCCUCUGCCAAGACAUUGAUGAGUGCGAGUCGGGCACCCACCAGUGCUCUGAGGCCCAAACCUGUGUCAACUUCCAUGGGGGCUACCGCUGCGUGGACACCAACCGCUGCGUGGAGCCCUACGUCCAGGUGUCAGACAAUCGCUGCCUCUGUCCGGCCUCCAACCCCCUGUGCCGGGAGCAGCCCUCGUCCAUUGUCCAUCGCUACAUGAGCAUCACCUCGGAGCGCAGUGUGCCCGCUGACGUGUUCCAGAUCCAAGCCACCUCUGUCUACCCUGGCGCCUACAAUGCCUUUCAGAUCCGUGCGGGAAAUUCACAGGGGGACUUCUACAUUAGGCAAAUCAACAAUGUCAGCGCCAUGCUGGUCCUCGCCCGGCCUGUGACGGGCCCCCGGGAGUACGUGCUGGACCUGGAGAUGGUCACCAUGAACUCCCUCAUGAGCUACCGGGCCAGCUCUGUACUGAGACUCACCGUCUUCGUGGGGGCCUACACUUUCUGAGGUGUGGGUGGGGAGCCCUCAGGGAGGGAGAGGUUUCCUGUAGCUGAAGAGCCUGGGGCUCAGGGAUGACUGUGUUUGGCUAAAAGGGAAGACGCUAUUGUGAAGAGUAGAGAGAAAGGCAAUAAAGGGAGAAAGAAGGAGUCCUGGUGGCUGAGGGGGGUGGGUAACAUCGUAGUGAACCCCAGCCCGGGGAAGGGGCCCGGGUGUGGGAGGAGGGCUACCCACCCAAAGGGGGGUGUCUCUGUUCAGUCUAAGGAGCCCCAUGGAUAGGAACUGGGAAUUGCAUUCCAAAGCCGGGAUCGGUCUAUGUAACGUAUGCAUGAGAACCGCUCUGGGAAGACAGGAGGUGAUAAGGCUGCAGACUCUGGGACCAGCCCAGAAAGUGGGUUUUGACUGGCCUGCAGGGGGCCUGGGAAACCCCGCUGUAGACAAGGGAAGCCUUAGGUUUCAAUCUCAGCUUGGCCUCAAACUAUCAACUUGGUUCAACCCUAGGAGCUUCCUGGGCCUCCGUUUUCCAAUCCAUAAAAUGAGGCAAUUAGACUCUGA